GCAGCCGACAACGCAUUACCAUCUUUGCGGAUGCAACAACACCGGCCGAGCGUUGAUCAUCCGAAGCCUGUGCUAGAAUGCUCUAUCUUUGACAGGUACUAUUAGCUUCGGCGGACCGUGACCCGCGCCUCAAUUUGAGAACAAUACUAUAAAGACAUCUUCCAUGCUCCUCUCGGUCUUUGACACUAUCGGUACUAGUACGCUCAUAAUGGCCAAUAUAAUGCCCACCGCUCCUCGCCUCGCUGCCAGUUCAUCCUCGUCCUCCACUGCAAGCUCGCGCUCCUCCAGAUCCACCCAGACGAUGUACAACGGCUUGAACGGCGCUGCUGCCCCGGAUCCUACCGAGAGCAUCGAUAUGGAUGUCGUCCCGCCAUAUCACCCCUCCAAAACACUGGUGCUAUGUUUCGAUGGGACAGGAGAUCAGUUCGAUACUGACGUAUGUUUGUGUUGUCGUUAUCUUCGCGAUUGCUGAUAAGUCGCUGUUGAUUAGAACUCAAAUGUAGUCCUCCUGUUCUCCAUGCUGAUGAAAGAUAGGCCCUCAGAGCAACUGGUGUAUUAUCAGGUACAUCAUAUCGCGAAGCCACGGAUACCAUGAAAUUACCUCGUGGCGUGGGCUAGGUGAUCUUAUCGCUAACUUGCGUUGCGCAUAGGCCGGUAUUGGUACUUAUACUAUUCCCGAAAUCGCCACGCCCAUGUGGGCGAAAUUCUCUGAGACUCUGGACGAAAUGCUUGCAUGGAGCUUGCACGCACAUGUUAUGG